AUGGAUGACACUAUAAGAAAGAUCGAUAUUUUUAUCAUAAUCGCAAUAGCAAUUGGCUGCGGAAUUUUUUCCGAAUUUUUAUGUUGGAUAUUCGUUUAUAGAAAUGAAAAAUUUAUAAAAUUAAAUGAAGAAUUGAAAAUAUUAUAUGAAAAAGUUCAAAAGGAAAAAGAGGAUGGAUUACUAAGUAAAAUAGAUGGAAGCAGCAUUAAUAAUAAUAAAAAAAAAGGCAAAAAAAAAGUGUCAACCGAAGACAUAUAUAUAGAAAAAACAAAAACAAUGGCAACAUUAAAAACAAAAUCAAAUGUAAUAACUGGUUUAAUUUUUAUGUCCGUGAUGCCAUUAUUAUUUAGUUUAUUUGAAGGACUCACAAUUGCAAUUUUACCAUUUAAACCAAUUUUCCCAUUUACCUUACUAACACAUGCGGGAUUACAAGAAAAAAAUAUGUAUCACUGUUCAUCAACUUUUAUAUAUACCUUAACUUUGAUGCUCACUAGACAAAACAUCCAAAAAUAUUUCGGCUAUGCACCCCCGUCGGGCAUGUUUGGGGAUUUUAAAAUGCCUGAGGAGCAAUCGGAUAUGUGGAAAUAG